AUGUGCUUCCGCAAGCCCUUCCACAUGCUUCCACGGCCACAGUCCUGUGCAGUUUCGCGCGCCCGUUCCCGUGCUUACUUCGGUUCUCACCGUGAAAACAGUGAAAAUGAUGCCGCUCACGGGUUCAUAUGGACUCUAUCAGGCUCUGUCAGGCUCUGUCAGGCUCUGUCAGGCUACGCAAAAAAGUCAAAGCGUUUGAGGUUUGUUCACGGCCAUGGCAUGGGCGCCUCUUUGUCACUCCUCCGGGAGGCGAGUUUCCAAUUUCUGCGGCGGCGCGCCGCUUCUGCCCAAAACUGGCUGUGA